CACAAAGCCGGGCAGACUAUAAUCAUCCUUUUUUGGAAGGGAUUAGCCGUAGGGCAGCACAUCCCGCCGACCUGUUCGGUGCGUCUCUGUCCAGUACGGCUCCGUCGAGACUUCGAGAAGCAGUUCAUUACUGCAGCCCAGAACCUCUUUGGCAGCGGUUGGGUCUACUGGGUGUACGACAAGAAGGCUUGCGCCUUCGACAUCAUCUCCUACAGCAACGCCGGCUGCCCGCUGACGAACUACGAGUACACGCCACUGCUGUGUGUCGAUGUGUGGGAGCAUGCGUAUUACAUCGACUACGAGAACAAGCGUCCCGAGUACCUUUCCAAGUACUUUGAUGUAGUGGACUGGCACUGGGCUGAGCGCCACUGGAAGCGCGCCACUGGCCAGGCGUACUAUGAGAUGAAGUUCUGGUAA